AUGGCGGCUUCUUCGAGCACGGCUAGACAAACUUUCGACCUUCUCAACAACGUCAGGGAAAUAUCACCAGAGGAUGAAAUUUUCAAAUUCUAUCGUGAAGAACAAAAAAAGGUCAUAGACGCGGCUCUCUGGAAGGAUGAUCCCCACUAUUUCAAACAAUGCAAGAUUUCAGCAGUGGCUUUGAUUAAGAUGGUCAUCCAUGCACAUUCAGGCGUACCCUACGAAAUUAUGAAUGAUGCAAGGGAAAGUUAUCGGCACGACCAUGGUCAUCAUGGAUUCGUUCGCAUUACCGGUGCAAGGAACCGAGACGCGUGUAAAUGCAGGGAACGAGGCAGCAGAGUACAUGGUGCAGUAUACCACGGGAAGCGAGAGGGUGGGAAGGCUAGAAAAUGCGAUUGGAUGGUAUCAUUCUCAUCCAGGAUAUGGAUGUUGGUUGUCUGGUAUCGAUGUCAGCACGGAACUGAACAAUCAGAAGUUCCAAGACCCAUUCGUCGCAGUCGUAAAUCGUUCGAUAUUCCUCCAGAAGAGUAG